UGAUAAGUACAGCAAUAAGAAGGUCUAAUUUAAGAAUUUAAUCUCAUUCAAGCAAUGGCUUUUAAAAUAAAAACAUUUUUGCUGCUUAUCUGUGUGCUGUUUUGCGUGUGCGAAUAUUUAAUAGCAGCACCUGCAGUUUCGCAGCCAGACCGCCAAAUUGGUACCUUCCGAUAUGAUGAUAUAAAACGAAACCCGAUAGGAAGUCGUCACUUUUGGUUCGACCGGCGAUUUCGAUGGUCAUAUGGCAGGAUACCGUAUGUAAUCAGUUCUGAGUAUUCCCCCUCCGAACGUGAAAUCAUUGUAAAAGCAAUGACAGAAUGGGAAAGCAAAACGUGUAUCCGAUUCGUACCAAGACAACCUGCUGAUUCGUCCUAUGUGGAAAUGACACCGAACGAUGGUACGGACUCCUAUUGCUACAGUUAUGUCGGUCGUCAGGGUGGCAGACAAAUAAUGAAAAUGUUUGGUGAAUGUAUGCGAAACGGAGCUAUGAUACACGAACUAGGUCAUGUGGUCGGUUUCAAUCACGAACAUCAGCGACCUGACCGGGACGAUUAUAUUCUAAUCCAUUUCGAAAACAUCAAUCCAGCUUUCCACUUUGCGUUCGACCGUUUUACAUAUGGCGUUGUGGAUACGAUUGGUACGAGAUACGAUUUUUCCAGCGUUAUGCAUUAUCCAUUCUUUGCAUUCACUGAGUUUUAUGACGAAACACGACCCGCUAUGACACUCAAGGAUGGUUCGAUAGAUGCAAUUUAUCGCGAGGCAGAAUAUCUAAGUGAUACAGAUGUGCACAAAACUCAAUUAUAUUACCAGAACUGUAUCGUCGCAUAACAUAUAAAUACCAAGCCGGUGAUGGUACGCAAG